CGGCCAAUAGGGGCCCGUCUCGCUUAUGAUGUCAUCGGAGGAGGAGGCCGACUCACACGCGCCCUACUCGGAUAAACUGCUAAGGAAACAGAAACGCGCCAGACAGCGCGUGGACGCCGGUGAGCCGCGCAAUUCUUAUUCCACUCUCACGACGAACGGACUCGCGCCCGCGCGCACCGCACACAUGAGCGGCGGACUUUACGGGGCCAUCUUCGAGGGCCGCCAACACUUCGGCCUCUUCGGACCGGGCUACGCGCCGGCCGAAAUGUUAAAUGAACUGCUUGGGCGGACUCCCAAGCAAGAAGACAAUGGCGAGGAGGCUGGUGGAGGCGACAUCGCCCACCGCGUCUUGCGAGACAUCCUCCAGAGCCGUAAGAAGGAGCUGCUGCGCCUGUCUCCGGACAACAACAAUGUGCUCGCCAACAACAACAAUGACGAACCCAAAGCGGAGAAGCGUUCCCCGGAGCGGCCCGCGUCCCGAGAUUCCCGGCCGGACCUGGACGACGCGCUGCUGGCGCUCGACAACGUCGGGGACUCGCGUACUUCGCCGCCGCCCGCACCUCCGCCUUCGGAACCUCUCAUCGCUCCCAAGUCGGAGCCGGAGGACCGCGACAGUGACGCACAACGUUCCUCCCCGCGACCUGUUGAUGUGAAACGUGCUCGUGUUGAGAAUAUAGUGUCGACGAUGCGCUCCAGUCCUGCGCCGCAGCAACCACAAGUGAACGGGUGCAAGAAACGGAAACUGUACCACCCGCAGCAGCACGACGUCGCGGCAGAGAGGUACGGUACCAGUCACGGUAGCAGUGCACAGACGGUCUCUGAUGACUCCGAGGACGACGGGGAUCGGCCACCCAUACAACAAAAGUUAGUAGAAAAAAAUGCACUUAAAACACAACUUAGGACUAUGCAAGAACAGUUAGCUGAGAUGCAAGAAAAAUAUUUGCAACUGUGUAAUCGUAUGGGACAAGAAUCGGAGACGAUCGACAACGACGGUGUUUCUAGUGACGUAGAACAGAACGACGACUCUGUGCCUAAAUCCGAGCCCGCGUCGCCGGUGAAAGAAGUGCCGCCAUCGAUAUCGAACUCCGCCGCGCCCAACAUGCUCUCGCAGGUGAUGAGCAAGAUGAUGUCGGCCAAGAUGCACGCACACGCCGUCGCUCACCCACACCUGCCGCCAGGCUUCAAUGGUGCGCUCCCUAUGAUGCCUCACAUCCCGCCCGAACACAUGCAUCCGCCACAUCCGCACCAGCAUCUCAACAACGCUGCUGCUAUGUACCUCAACGUCAGUCAGAAACUCUUUAUGGAACAAGAAGCGCGAAUGAAGGAAGCGGCUGAGCAUCAAAACAGUCAACAACAGAGGCCACAGUCGAACCAGCACUCACCACAACAGAGACAAAUGGGACCCACGCCAAAGCCCCCGCUCUCGUCAGAAUUAGCGGAGCGGUUGGAUGCUUUACGCAGCAAUGCGGGCUCAGUAGGCCCGGUCUCCGGUGCUGAUCUAGAAGGGUUAGCUGAGGUGCUCAAAAAUGAAAUCACAGCAUCCCUAGCAACGUUGAUCGAUUCGAUUGUCACCCGCUUCGUGCACCAGCGCCGAAUCCUAGGGAAGCAGUCAGAGGCGGCGGCGGCCGCGGCGGAGCAGUUGAACAAGGAUUUGAUGCGAGCGGCGCGGCUGAUCGACAGAAAGUCGCCGACGCCGAAGCCGCCGGAGAGGCCUUCGGGACAAAUGUCAGGUAACUUACCCGUCCAUCACGCGGGCGCGCCUAAUGGCGUCCCGUUUAUGACACAUAACCCGAUGCUCAUGGGUCAAAUGAACGGUCCCCGCGCGCCAGGCGGAGCGGCUUUCCCGCUGCACGCCGAGGCGGGCGGACCCGGCCAGGGACCUCAUGCACGCCCUCCGACAGGCAUGUUCCAGGCACCGCCGAAGCCGCUCGCGCCGCUCUACGGGCACAUGAACGGCCACUUUGAAAGGGAAGCCAACCCCGAGCAGAAUGAAGCGCUCAGCCUUGUCGUCACACCUAAAAAGAAACGACAUAAGGUGACCGACACCCGGAUAACCCCAAGGACCGUGAGCCGAAUCCUGGGUGAGGGCGUCGGCCAGUCGCCGGAGAGCAAGUUCCCCGAGUCUCCGUCGCCGAGGCCGUACCCGGGCGGGAUGGCGCUGCCGACGCCGGUGGCGAUACCGAACCCUUCACUGCACGAAAGCCAGGUGUUUUCGCCGUAUUCGCCGUUUUUCGGUGCGGGCGGCGGGCUGGCGCGGUCUCCGCCGGCCGCGCCGGAGCGGGAGUCUCCGCCGCUACCGCACGCGCCGGCGCUGCUGCACCCUGCGCUGCUGGCGGCCGCGCACCACGCCUCGCCGGACUACCUGCGCCACCACCCGCACGCGCAGCACCACCCCGGCGUGCCGCACCACCCGCAGCACAUGGACGCGCAGGACCCGCACUCAGACUGUAACUCCACAGACCUGCCUUACGACGGAGUUCAGCCUACUUCUUCAACAUUGACUCCGAUGCACCUACGCAAAGCCAAGCUGAUGUUCUUCUGGGUGCGGUAUCCAAGUUCGGCAGUGCUCAAGAUGUAUUUCCCCGACAUCAAGUUCAACAAGAACAACACUGCACAGCUGGUCAAGUGGUUCUCUAAUUUCCGAGAGUUCUACUACAUCCAAAUGGAGAAGUACGCGCGGCAAGCUAUUAGCGAAGGUCUGAAGACGGCAGAGGACUUGCACGUUGCCGGCGACUCUGAGCUAUACAGAGUCCUCAACCUUCACUACAAUAGAAACAACCACAUUGAGGUGCCACCAAACUUCAGAUACGUGGUUGAACAGACGCUCCGCGAGUUCUUCCGCGCCAUCCAAGGCGGCAAGGACGCGGAGCAGAGUUGGAAGAAGUCAAUCUACAAGGUGAUCUCGCGGCUGGACGACCCCGUGCCCGAAUACUUCAAGUCGCCGAACUUCCUUGAACAGUUGGAGUGAGCGCCCCAUCGACGCGACGCACAAUGUUUCGGCAUAACUAAAUUUUAUUAAAACAAAUCAUUGGACGAUUGUUUCGCACACCAAAAUUUUACGACACUCGCAUUUAGGCCUUCAGAUUCAAAAUUAUUGAUAAAAAAGUUAAAUUAAAUUAUUAAAAAAUGAAGUUUUGAAUUCGUACGUUGGACGUCGAGUGGCGUGGCGUUGCGUGCGGCUCGCCACGCCACAGCCCGCGCUCUACUAGCAAAUUCAUUAGGUUAUACGAGUAAGAGAAAAUUUAAGUCACCUAGAAUUUUAUUUCUGCACAUAAUAUAUUUCGCUAUAUAUAAUUAUUAUUAUUAUAUUAUUAAGUAUUAUCUUAAAAUGGUUUUUAUAGUUGUGUAUAUCUUAAAAUCAUUUAUUGAUUUAUUCUUUAAGGAAGAACGAUUAAUAUAUUAAUUGCUUAAGUUUUGAA